UCUCUCUCUCUCUCUCUCUCGUGAAGACGGAAAAAAUUGCAGAACUCCAACUCCAGCUUCACGUCCACAAAUCCAUCGCACACGACACACCCUGGCUCCGACUCCGCCAUUAACAGUUUCAAUACUACUCGGUGUGUCCGGCCGUCAGUCACACAAUUCGGUACCCAAUCUCGGCAGUUCGCCGGCGAAAAUCUUGGGGUGGAGUUUAUUUUGGCUAGUCCCGAAUUUCAAUUUCACCGUCAUUAUCAACACAGUGUGAGAAACUCCUCUUAUCAUCUUCUCUCUUCCAUAUGUCCAAUACGGUCAGAACUAAGCUUGCCUCUCUUUCCCCGGCCCAUCUGUUUCGAAAUAUACGCCGUUUCUCCUCUAUUGAGGAUGGGCUAGGGCGCCCGGAUUACCCUCCGGAACCUAUUCCAAAUAGGCCCUUGAGAAGGAAAUCUUAUCCUUCUCAAAGCCCUCGAUUCCCAAAGCCCAAUCGCGUUCGGGAAAAUGAAAACCUAAAUUCAUUUAGGGCCGAAACUGAUGCUGAUUUUCUGGAAAGGUUUAAGCUUGGGUUUGAUCGCAAAUUGGAAAGCCAAACAGACUCGGGAGAUAAAAAUAUUCAAUACGAGAAAGCAAAGAAUCCGGAGCCUUCGCCACCGGAGGAUGCGGAUGAAAUAUUUAAGAAAAUGAAGGAGACGGGGUUGAUCGCAAAUGCAGUUGCUAUGCUUGAUGGUUUGUGUAAAGAUGGACUGGUACAAGAGGCAAUGAAGCUCUUUGGACUAAUGCGUGAGAAGGGCACGAUUCCAGAGGUGGUCGUUUACACUGCUGUGGUGGAGGGCUUCUGCAAGGCACACAAGUUUGAUGAUGCAAUAAGAAUUUUUAAGAAGAUGCAGAGUAAUGGGGUGGUUCCGAAUGUGUUUAGUUAUCAGGUUUUGGUUCUGGGGCUAUGUAGUGGGAAGAGGUUGGAGGAUGCAUAUUUGUUUACCAUUGAAAUGUUGGAGGCUGGACAUUCCCCGAAUUUGGCAACUUUCACCGGAUUGGUUGAUGGGUACUGCAGGGAAAAAGGUCUGGGAGAGGCUCAGUUUGUGAUACAAGCCAUGAGGCAGAAGGGAUACUUCGUUGAGGAGAAAGCAGUUAGGGAAUAUUUGGAUAAGAAAGGCCCUUUCUUGCCUUUGGUGUGGGAGGCAAUUCUGGGAAAAAAAGCUUCAAAGAGGUCUCUGUUCUAAGGGUUUCUUAUUUUCCUUUUAAACUUAGUUUCUUUGUUUUCUGUGGAUGGAUGAGAUUUGACAAGCAACAGUGUGUUGUUUGUUCAUUGUGUUUUUGUCCCUCCUGCUCGAACAUUAGUUUAUAUUGUUCUAUUUAAUGUUCAGUUUUCUCCCAUUCUUA